GUUCCAAGAUGUUCGUCGAUGUUUUCGAAUUUUGUAAGCGGGACGCGUCAUUAGUUAUCAUCACAAAAGCUCUAAUUACAGGAUUCAUCUUUCCCAACAAUGUUUUGGUUUUCGUCAAAUGAUUGUGCCCAGAGUGACUUGAGCUGCUCCAAAAUCGCCUCAGUGAAGUGGCCACUGGGUCUGAGUUGAAACGUGAGCGGUCAAAGUCGAAGCUCCAGAAUCCAUUCGACGACGCGAUUUUAAGGCUCAGGUACGAUUUGAAUGUUGGAACUGUUGAUACGAUCGGAAGACAUGGUGGUGUUUCAACAUGCGUUGUGAUGUUAUCUCUGGUGGUUUGGAUGAGAAGAUCAGAGUCUAGGAACAGUUGGAUGCAUUGCAGUAUCCGGGGUUUGAACUACAAGUUUGCAACGAAUCAGCAAUGCGUAUAUGUAAUGUGCGUUACUGAGACAAUCACAAGUGGGAAGGGAACAAUCUCCUCAGCUGUUCAUACAAAGACGCCGCAAGCUAGUGUGGGGCCGCGUGAGCACCACUUCGAGUCCAGUGACGCCGGAGCUUCCAAGACCUACCCUCAGCAGGCCGGUAACAUCCGUAAGGGUGGUCACAUCGUCAUCAAGGACCGUCCCUGCAAGGUUGUUGAGGUUUCGACUUCAAAGACUGGCAAGCACGGUCACGCCAAAUGUCACUUUGUCGCCAUUGAUAUCUUCACUGCCAAGAAGCUCGAGGAUAUCGUUCCCUCUUCCCACAAUUGUGAUGUUCCCCAUGUGAACCGUGUUGACUACCAGUUGAUUGAUAUCUCUGAGGAUGGCUUUGUUAGCCUUUUGACCGAUAAUGGCGGCACCAAGGAUGAUCUCCAGCUUCCCACCGAUGAGAAACUCGCCGCUCUGAUGAAGAGUGGGUUCGAGGAGGGCAAGGAUGUUGUUGUGUCUGUCAUGUCUUCAAUGGGGGAUGAGCAGAUCUGUGCCGUGAAGGAAGUUGGUGGUGGC